AUGGCAAUCGGUAGGUACGGGACGCUGGUUUUCUAUAUCCUCGCAGGCCUCGCAUUCGUGUGGUCUUUGGAGUACUUCAAGCACUACACCAAGAACAAUUACGAGCGUUUCCACUGCACAGCGGUCGUGGAGCCCGUGCAGGGUACCGCCACAGUUGAGAAGCUAUCUGCCGUUGGCGGGCCUCCAUGCGACAAACGCGCAGAACUGAAGUUGAUCACGCAGAAGCUUACGCAGCACUUCGAUCCUAACAAACAGCCGGCACUCUUCUGCAUUGUAGAGAACACUUCUGUGGAGUCUGUGCACUAUCCCGUGUCGCGCACGAAUAAGGGUCCCGCAGGAUACAUAGCGUACGCUGGAUACGAGGCCGACCGUGCCGCGGUCCAUAAGUAUUGCGAGGCGCACGGUGCUGCAGUGCUGCACAUGUGA